UGAAAAUAAGAAGAAGAGUUAUGUGUACACUUUUGUAUAGCUCUUUUUUGGCCAAUUUAACUAUCGAAAUACAAUAAGUAACAGACAGAUUACGGCUUAUCGCACAGUAAAAAAGUACGCCAGCACACACUUGUGUUCUGGGCUUCACCGGGAACCCGCGUUCAGCCACUCGACCUCGCUUACAGUCAGCGGAUAUGGCACGCCCAAUUUUUCCAAACCAGCAGAAGAUAGCUGAAAAACUAAUCAUCUUAAAUGACCGCGGUCUGGGCAUUUUGACUCGGAUCUACAACAUCAAAAAGGCCUGCGGCGACACUAAAUCAAAGCCAGGCUUCCUCUCUGAGAAAUCUCUGGAGUCAAGCAUUAAGUUUAUCGUAAAGCGGUUCCCCAACAUCGACGUAAAGGGUCUGAAUGCCAUUGUGAACAUCAAGGCGGAAAUAAUAAAGUCGUUAUCGUUGUACUACCAUACAUUCGUUGACUUGCUGGACUUUAAAGACAAUGUCUGCGAGCUGCUCACCACGAUGGACGCCUGCCAGAUUCACCUGGACAUCACACUGAACUUCGAGCUGACCAAAUACUACCUAGACUUGGUAGUGACGUACGUGUCCCUGAUGAUCGUUUUGUCUAGAGUUGAGGAUCGCAAGGCAGUGCUGGGCCUGUACAAUGCCGCCUAUGAACUGCAAAAUAACCAGGCUGAUACGGGCUUCCCUCGUCUUGGACAGAUGAUCCUUGACUACGAGGUUCCCCUUAAGAAGUUAGCCGAAGAAUUCAUUCCCCACCAGCGCUUGCUAACAAGUGCGUUACGCUCGCUGACCUCCAUAUACGCACUGCGAAACCUGCCCGCAGACAAAUGGAGGGAGAUGCAGAAGCUGAGUCUAGUGGGCAAUCCAGCAAUACUUCUCAAAGCUGUGCGCACAGACACCAUGUCUUGCGAGUAUAUCUCAUUGGAGGCAAUGGACCGCUGGAUAAUUUUCGGCCUUCUCCUUAAUCACCAAAUGCUUGGCCAGUACCCAGAGGUCAACAAGAUCUGGCUGUCCGCUCUGGAGUCCAGCUGGGUUGUGGCACUGUUUCGCGACGAGGUCUUGCAAAUUCACCAGUACAUUCAGGCCACCUUUGAUGGAAUCAAGGGCUAUAGUAAACGAAUCAGCGAAGUCAAAGAAACCUACAAUACGGCUGUCCAAAAAGCAGCUUUAAUGCAUAGGGAGCGGCGCAAAUUCUUGCGAACUGCCUUAAAGGAGCUAGCACUUAUAAUGACGGACCAACCAGGCCUUUUGGGACCAAAAGCCAUAUUCAUUUUUAUCGGUCUUUGCUUAGCUCGCGACGAGAUCCUCUGGCUACUGAGACACAACGACAAUCCGCCGCUGCUGAAGAACAAAGGGAAAAGCAAUGAGGAUCUGGUAGACCGUCAGCUGCCGGAGCUUCUCUUCCAUAUGGAGGAGCUGCGGGCUUUGGUGCGAAAAUAUAGCCAAGUAAUGCAGCGCUACUACGUGCAAUACUUAUCUGGCUUUGAUGCCACGGAUCUGAACAUCCGUAUGCAGAGCCUUCAAAUGUGUCCGGAAGACGAGAGCAUAAUUUUCAGCUCGCUCUACAACACAGCCGCAGGCCUGACCGUAAAGCAGGUGGAGGAUAACGAGCUGUUUUAUUUUCGGCCAUUCCGACUAGACUGGUUCCGGCUUCAAACGUACAUGAGCGUCGGCAAGGCUGCCCUUAGGAUCGCAGAACAUGCAGAACUGGCCCGCCUUUUGGAUUCAAUGGUUUUCCAUACUCGCGUGGUGGAUAAUUUGGAUGAGAUACUAGUAGAGACGUCGGAUCUGAGCAUCUUCUGCUUCUAUAACAAAAUGUUUGACGACCAAUUCCACAUGUGUUUGGAGUUCCCCGCCCAGAAUCGUUAUAUUAUAGCCUUUCCCUUAAUCUGCAGUCAUUUUCAAAACUGUACGCACGAGAUGUGCCCAGAGGAGCGUCACCACAUACGAGAACGGUCUCUCAGCGUGGUUAACAUCUUCCUUGAGGAAAUGGCCAAGGAGGCUAAAAAUAUUAUAACCACAAUUUGCGACGAACAAUGCACCAUGGCAGACGCUCUAUUGCCCAAACACUGUGCUAAGAUCUUGUCCGUACAAUCUGCCCGUAAAAAGAAGGACAAAUCGAAGUCGAAGCACUUCGAUGACAUUCGAAAGCCGGGCGACGAGUCGUACCGAAAGACACGUGAAGAUUUGACGACAAUGGACAAGCUGCACAUGGCAUUGACAGAGCUAUGUUUCGCCAUUAACUAUUGCCCUACUGUCAACGUUUGGGAGUUUGCUUUCGCUCCUCGCGAGUAUCUAUGCCAGAACUUGGAGCACCGCUUCUCCCGCGAUCUUGUGGGCAUGGUAAUGUUCAACCAAGAGACUAUGGAGAUCGCCAAGCCCUCAGAGCUGUUGGCCAGCGUUCGAGCCUACAUGAAUGUGCUGCAGACCGUGGAGAACUACGUACACAUAGACAUAACACGAGUAUUUAACAACUGCUUGCUACAGCAAACGCAGGCUUUGGACUCCCACGGUGAAAAGACUAUCGCCGCUUUGUACAAUACUUGGUACAGUGAAGUCUUACUAAGGCGAGUAUCCGCCGGCAACAUUGUGUUCUCCAUCAACCAAAAGGCAUUCGUACCCAUUUCCCCCGAAGGCUGGGUACCCUUCAACCCCCAGGAAUUCUCCGAUCUAAACGAGCUGCGAGCACUUGCCGAACUCGUGGGACCCUACGGAAUAAAAACAUUAAACGAAACACUUAUGUGGCACAUAGCCAACCAGGUGCAGGAGCUAAAGUCACUGGUGGGCACCAACAAGGAAGUGCUCAUCACACUGCGCACCAGUUUUGACAAACCAGAGGUAAUGAAGGAGCAGUUUAAGCGGUUGCAGGACGUGGACCGAGUGCUCCAGCGAAUGACGAUCAUUGGGGUGAUAAUUUGCUUCCGCAAUUUGGUGCACGAGGCUCUCGUUGAUGUGUUGGACAAACGCAUACCCUUCCUGCUUAGCUCUGUGAAGGAUUUCCAAGAGCACUUGCCUGGAGGGGACCAGAUUCGUGUGGCCUCUGAGAUGGCAUCAGCAGCCGGCCUGCUAUGUAAGGUGGAUCCCACACUGGCCACUACGCUAAAAUCGAAGAAGCCCGAGUUCGAUGAGGGCGAGCACCUUACUGCCUGCCUGCUAAUGGUCUUUGUGGCCGUCUCUAUACCAAAACUUGCCCGUAACGAAAACUCCUUCUACAGGGCCACAAUCGAUGGCCACUCAAACAACACGCAUUGCAUGGCGGCGGCCAUCAAUAACAUCUUCGGUGCGUUGUUUACCAUCUGCGGGCAGAGCGACAUGGAGGACCGUAUGAAAGAGUUCCUUGCUCUGGCCAGUUCCUCCCUGCUCCGCUUGGGUCAGGAAUCCGACAAGGAGGCUACUCGAAACCGAGAAUCCAUUUAUUUGCUGCUAGACGAAAUAGUAAAGCAAUCACCUUUCCUCACAAUGGAUCUUCUGGAGUCCUGCUUCCCCUACGUUCUCAUACGCAACGCGUACCAUGGCGUUUACAAGCAGGAACAGAUCUUGGGACUGGCGCUCUAAGGAAUGCGAUGACCUGCACCUUGUGUGUAUUCCGAAUAUUGCUUAUGUAGUUUAUACACCGGUCGACUGUCGAUCACUAUGCUAAUCUAAUAUACUUUAAAACUGUUAAACAUACCCUAAUGUAUUCUAGACUCUGCAUUUUUAUACUCGUAAAACUUCGAAUAAAGUGCUUAUGUAAACCAAAA